CUACCUGCACCCACAACAUCGGAAUCAUAUGAUGUCACAUGGUGAGGCUUACACGGAGAUACGUUGCUGUGUUUACACGUCCAACAUCAUGCGGGGAACGUCAGUGUUAGUUUUUAUAUUCUGUUUUGUGGCAGUUUUGGGGUACAGAAAAGAUGUCAAGCAAUGCAGAUAUACCGACUCUUCUGGGAAGACUUAUAAUUUAAGUCCUUUGAUCAGCACAAAGCCAUUCAUAUGGAUGCAGCCAUUAUACGUAAUCAACGACAACAAAUGGGACAACCUUGCAGCCGAUGACGUCAUGAACGUCACAGUUCAAAUGUCAGUAUGUCGUAACGAGCGAGCUCUGAUCAGCCACAACUGCAGCACAAACGGCUCGAUCUACACGGUGGAUGACACAAAUGGCUGUAUUACAUGGGGUGAUGCUGAAGUGGCGGCCUUCGAUCAAAAUCCGUACAAAGAUGGGGUAUUUCUACAAAUGUUCCACGGAAGUGUGAUCGACCAUCCAACGAAAUACUCUUCCAAUAUUUAUUUUGUUUGCAACCCCAAAAUCGACGUUCCAAAACCUGUGAUGGAGCAUGUAAAAGCUGGAACCAAUCAGGGUCACUUCCGGGUGGAGACAAAAUAUGCUUGUUGAUGAAAAACACUUUAGAGAGUAAAGGACGAACCAAAAUACAAUAAAUGUUGUCCGUUCAACAAAUUGUUAACAACGUGCAGAAUAAAAAUACAAAAUGAAAGGUC